GAAAGCUAUUCUGGGGGGACGACGACGUCUUUUCGAUUUCAGCUGGGCUUACUCGGCCCCUCCCUGCCCAGCCCCGCCUCCUCUGGGGGUUGAGCAACCCCAGUGACAACCUGGGGAGACGAGAGGGAGGGGGGGGAGGCCGACCAGCGCCUUUAAGGGGCGUGGCCUCUUGCCACGCCUCGGAGCCUCCGUACGCCGGCAGGGGCGGGGCUGGAGAGGGAGGAGGUCGGAGGCGGGAGGGGGAGGCGUGCACCGCCGCGCAGGCGCAGUGAGCGCGCGACGGGCACUCGCUUUCCAAAAUGGCGGCGGCGAUGGAUGUGGACACCCCCAGUGGCACCAACAGCGGCGCCGGCAAGAAGCGCUUUGAAGUGAAAAAGUGGAAUGCGGUAGCUCUCUGGGCCUGGGAUAUUGUGGUGGACAACUGUGCCAUCUGCAGGAACCACAUUAUGGACCUUUGUAUAGAAUGUCAAGCCAAUCAGGCAUCCGCCACCUCUGAAGAAUGUACUGUCGCAUGGGGAGUCUGCAAUCACGCCUUCCACUUCCACUGCAUCUCUCGCUGGCUCAAAACCAGGCAGGUGUGCCCGCUGGACAACAGAGAGUGGGAGUUUCAAAAGUAUGGGCAUUAGAAAAAGCACCUUCUUCCUCAAGAUUAUCACUUUUGUUCGCUACUUGAUGACUUGCUGUCCUGUUGCUUAAUUAUACAUGAGUUAAAGCCAGUCUUUGGUCUUGUGUGCAGCGUCUUUUGAGUUUGGUCUUAGUGCCACCAUAUUGUAUUCUGUGUGAAAUAAAGCCCUGUUGGAUCCAAGAAA